CUAUGCCCUAAAAAACGCAGAAGCUCUUUUCUUUCCAAUCGACGCCCAAAUCUUCUCCCGCCUAACCCCUUUCUCCUCCAUCUCCAAGCGUCUGCCUCUCUCUAAUCUGCAACGCCGCCGCCGGCAGCUUCGUCAGCCCCGCCUCCGCCAGCUUCUGCAGCUCACAUUUCAGAAAACAUCCUCGUCUGCAACCUCCUUAAACCCUUCCUUCGCUUCCCUGUUGCAAGUUUAACAUCGCCAUCGCCAUCGCCAUUCCCAUGGCGGCCUUUGAACGCCUCCUCUCUCAAGCUCGCCGCCACUGCUUUUCUUCUGCUAUGAUUAGAGGUUGGUCAUCGACAAAGUUUUCAUCUCCAGGGCUUCGCAGAUCCCUCUGUUCAUCUUCGUCGUCGUUAGAACCAGACACAAAUCCCUCGCCAAAUGAAAACAAUCGGAACAGACCUCAACCUUUCUCUGUUCAGCCGGUCUCUUACCCCAUCAAACCCAAAGACCCAUCUGUACUCCAAGAACCCACGAGUCAUGAACGAUCCGACGCGACUACGCAUAACCCGCAACCACAGGGCAACGUUGAGUCUAGAGGUUGGAGCCGCGAAGAUGUUCGGUUUGUGAAGGAUUUGAAUUCAUUACCUUCCGUUUCAUACCCUAAAAGGGUGGCGCCAUUGCCGGAAGAUAAAAUGCAGGAUGAUGCCGGUGAAGUGGAGACGAGGAAUAAGGAAAUGGAGGCAGAGAGGAUGAAGAUCGAGUCGGAUAAUCGUGGGGUAAUGAGGAGAGUUUUUAGGGUUGAAGAACAAAAAGUCCCGUUCCCUAGUUUGAUCAAGGUGGAUCAGUCACAGAUCACAAAAGGGCAAAAGGUUGUUCAUGAUCUUAAGGAGGCUGUACAGCUAGUAAAGGCUAAUGCGAAGCACAAUUUUGAUGAGACCUUGGAAGCCCAUGUAAAAUUAGCUGUUGAUCUGCGGCGUACUGACCUGAAGCUUACGGGGUCAUUGUCUCUUCCUCAUGGCAGUGGAAAGGCGUUGCGUGUGGCUGUGUUUGCUGAAGGAGCAGCUGCAGAUGAGGCUAGAGCUGCAGGAGCUGAUUUGGUGGGUGGUGAGGAUCUUAUUGAAGGAAUAAAAAAUGGCAACAUUAACAUAAAAGAAAUUGACAAGUGCAUUGCGGUUCCUCAACUGAUGCCACGUAUAGGGAAAGAGAUAUCCAAAAAACUCAACCGUUUAACACCAAAUGCAAGGGAUGGUUCUGUAACGACUGAUGUUUCAAGGGCAGUGAAAGAAGCAAAGAAAAACAUAAACUUUAAGAAAGACAAGUCUGCUAUUGUUCAUGUUGGUCUUGGAAAGGUGAGUUUUAGCGAGGAGGCUUUAUGUGAAAAUGUGGGUGCCUUUGUUAAUGCUCUUUUGGUUGCCAAGCCUGCUGGAUUAAAGAAAAGUUCCAAGUAUGCUGGGUAUGUCACUACCUUUCAUAUCUGCAGCACGAUGGGCCCAUCUUUCCCUGUUUCAAUCCAAUCAUUGUCAAUGGCAGCAGAUCGUUACACCAAAUUGCAACUUAGAUGACAACAAAACCACCCCACCCCACCCCACCCUGCCUGUUUGAUGUUGUAUUCACAGGCUCUUCUUUCUGUUGCUGUGCUUGCACUUCUUACACACACCUUACACACAAGGUGUGUGUGAGAGAGAGAGAGAGUGGUUGCAUAAUCUUCAUAUUGGAUGAUGGUAUUUGUUUGUUUACUACUCCUAAGUCCUAACAAACUAAUAAUCCAUACUCCUUCCUGUUUGACUUUGACUGAUAAGUGUAAUGGAAAUUUUGGUUUUGCUUCCAAA